UCUCUUUCUUUUGAUUGAUGAUAGUGUUUGAAGCUUUCUUCCAAGAUUCUUCUUCUUCUUCUCUGUUGUAAUUAGUAUUUAUAAGUAAGUAGGUCUGCGAAAUUUUGCAGAGAAAUGGUAAGAAACUAUGUGCUAAUGCCUUCUUUUCUGCAUACUUUUGUGUCUCAGGUUUUCUUGCCAUAUCUCAUUGCAGUUUAAAGUAUUUGAAUACAUUGGGUUGAAGAUGUAUGUGGUGGAGGAUAAGGGAGGUGCCAUCGCUUUGAUGCUGGCUGCCCUCUUAUUCUUGGGUACUUGGCCUGCCGUUCUGACUCUCUUAGAGAGGCGGGGUCGGCUUCCGCAACAUACUUACCUUGAUUAUAGCAUAACAAAUCUGUUGGCAGCUGUAAUUAUUGCUCUAACCUUUGGUCAGAUUGGAAGCAGCAAGCCUGAUAUGCCAAAUUUCAUCACUCAGCUUUCUCAGGACAAUUGGCCCCCUGUUUUGUUUGCAAUGGCUGGCGGGAUAGUUCUUAGCCUUGGGAACCUAUCUACUCAGUAUGCUUGGGCUUUCGUUGGUCUAUCAGUGACCGAGGUCAUCACUUCAAGCAUAACAGUUGUUAUAGGCACGACAAUGAACUACUUCUUGGAUGAUCGCAUCAAUAGAGCUGAGAUUCUUUUCCCUGGAGUUGGAUGCUUCCUGAUUGCAGUCUGUCUUGGAUCUGCCGUUCACUCUUCGAAUGCAGCUGAUAAUGAAGCAAAGAUUAGUGGUUCAUCAAGUAAUUACCAGGGCAAGGCUUGGACGACAGAAAAUUCAGGGAUUAGCAAAGAUCUUCAAAAGCAAGAUGUGACAAACGAUUUGGAGAAUGGAAGCUCAACAACCAAGGUGGAAAAUGCAAAGGCUGGAACUGCUGAGUUUCUCAUACAAGUUGAAAAUAGGAGGGCAAUCAAGGUUCUGGGAUCAAGCACGUUGAUAGGUCUUGCCAUGGUGUUCUUUGCUGGCAUUUGCUUCUCUCUCUUCUCGCCAGCAUUCAACCUGGCGACAAAUGAUCAGUGGCACACUUUAAAAGAUGGGGUGCCCCACUUGGUUGUCUACACUGCAUUUUUCUAUUUCUCAUGCUCUUGUUUCGUCCUUGCGAUCAUUCUCAAUGUCUACUUCCUGUACCAUCCAAUACUUGGCCUGCCAAGAUCGUCUUUCAAGGCUUAUCUGAAUGAUUGGAAUGGCCGACAGUGGGCACUCCUGGCUGGGUUCUUAUGCGGGUUUGGGAAUGGAUUUCAGUUCAUGGGCGGUCAAGCAGCUGGAUAUGCAGCAGCGGAUGCUGUUCAGGCACUGCCGCUGGUGAGCACCUUCUGGGGUGUAUGUCUAUUUGGAGAGUACCGGAAGUCGUCAAAGAGGACGUACGUGUUGCUGUUCAGCAUGUUAUUCAUGUUCAUUGUUGCUGUAGCUGUGCUCAUGGCCUCAUCUGGACAUAGGAAGACAUGAUGAGGCCCAUCUCAAGGCAUUAGAUCCAAACCAUUCAUUUAAAGCUGGUAUAUGUGCCAUUUCUUCUCGUCAAUGGUGUUGUUAUAUAUGGUCCAUGUGCCCCAUUUUCAUGAAAAUAUUUGUAAUGCUGGCUGAACAGUUGCUUCCAUAGAAAGAGGAGGAAUUGUAU